AUAGGACUCGAUUGGUUUGAAGCCUUGGGGAUACACGUCACGGGGCUCAACAGCUUACAAACACUCGACCUACAGGAAGUCUGCAAAGAAUUUGCAGAUGUCUUCAGCCCCCAGCUGGGCACAUUCAAGGGACCCCCUGUGUCCUUAAAACUAGACCCCACUGUCACACCCAUUAGAAUUAAAGCAAGAAGGGUCCCUUUUGCUUUAAAGAGUAAAAUUGACACUGAGUUAGACAAACUGAUCCAACAGGGAAUCCUAGAACCUGUUGAUUCCAGCCCUUGGGAGACCCCCAUUGUCACGCCUCUAAAGGCAAAUGGGGACAUUCGCAUUUGUGCUGACUACAAAUGCACUCUUAAUAAGGCAUUGCAGCAACAUGCCUAUCCUGUUCCUCUGGUCAGUCAUAUUCUGGCCUCCCUCAAGGGGGGGGCUCAGACUAUUGUGACCCACAGGGGAGCCUUUAAGGUAAAAAGGCUACAGUUUGGGGUGAAUGUCGCUCCUGGGAUUUUCCAAAUCGUAAUGGAAAACACACUACGGGGCAUACCGGGGGUUUGCCCCUACUUUGAUGAUGUCUUAAUUGCAGGAGACGCCACACACAUUCUAGCUGAAAGGCUAAGUGACCAUAAGCCUCUGCUGGGACUGUUUACCACACGUAAACAAACUCCCCAAAUCAUUUCCCCUAGAAUGCUUAGGUGGUCUAUUUUUCUGUCUGCAUAUGAUUUUUCCUUACUCCACAAGCCUGGGAAAGAAAUGGGCCAUGCUGAUGGCCUCAGUAGAUUGCCCCUGCCAGUAGUAGAAGCUGACCCUGCGCCAGCUGUCAACAUUCUAUCCAUCCAAGCCUUGCCCGAGUCCCCUCUGAAUGCCAGGGAUGUCGCCGCUGAAACAGGCACAGAUCACACACUUUCACGUGUCCUUUCUUGGGUUUUGUCUGGAUGGCCUGAGCACUACCCUAGUCCUGAGUUUCAGAGUUUCUGGUCCAAAAGGAACGAGUUGUCCACUUCUCAGGGUUGUCUGCUUUGGGGAAACAGAGUUGUCAUUCCCACCUCAAUGAGGACUAGGAUCUUAGAGUCCCUCCACGAGGGUCAUCCUGGCAUUGUUCGCAUGAAGGCCCUUGCGCGCAGCCACUUGUGGUGGCCUGGUUUAGAUAAGGACAUUGAGGCUAAGGUGCAUGCAUGCCACCUGUGCCAGCGCUCUCGCCCAGAGAUGCCCCAAGCUCCUGUGCAUAGAUGGGAGGAUACACAGUCCCCAUGGUCUAGGGUGCACAUUGACUACGCUGGGCCCUUUCAGGGCCAGUUCUUCUUGGUCCUCGUUGAUAGUCAUUCAAAAUGGCUUGAGGUUGUACCUGUCUUAUCCACCACCACUGCAAAGACUAUUCAGGUACUGAGGGGGAUUUUUGCUGCACACGGGCUCCCAGAUGUCAUCGUGUCUGACAACGGCCCUCAAUUUACUUCCUCCGAAUUCCAAGCUUUCUUACAGGCUAACAUGAUUCGUCAUGCCACGUCUGCACCCUUCCACCCGUCCACCAACGGUAUGGCUGAACGCAUGGUCCGCAUCACAAAGGACGCCUUGAAAAGACUGCGCAAACUUACUACGAAGCUUGACCGGUUGCAUUUGCAAACUCAGGCAUUUACCCAACAACGCCUGGCCCAAUACGCAGAACUAUUCACUUCGGAAAAUAUUUCCUUUGAACGCUGCAACACGCUUAACCCGGCUACACUGUUGCCAAUUAACCUGAAAGACAAAAUGUUACAUGACUGCUUGCACCUAGUCCAAGAUGCCGAGCUGCCACGUCUGGAUUUAACAGAUGAUCCCCUCUCAAACCCAGACCUAGAAUUGUUUACCGAUGGCUCUUCCUACCUUCUGGAUGGGACCCGCAUAACGGGAGCAGCAGUUGUCUCCCUGCAUGAGUCAGUCUGGGCUUCCCCCUUGCCUUCCCACUACGGUGCUCAAGCAGCCAAGCUCAUUGCAUUGAAAAAGGCAUGUGAAAUAGCUGAGAACCGGUCUGCCAAUAUAUAUACAGACUUCAGAUACACUUUUGGGGUCUGCCAUGUGACCGGUGCCCUUUGGAAACAGAGAGUUUUUUUCACAUCCAGCGGCCAACCAAUUGCUCACGCGGACCUCAUAUCUGAUGUGUUAAAAGCUAUCCAUCUACCCUCAUCCCUAGCAGUCAUCCAUUGCAAACCAAACCAAAGGGAUGAUUCAAGGGUUACAAAAGGGAACCACUUUGCCAACGUCACAGCUAAGUGGGCUGCCACUCAACCCCUAAAAGCAUUUACCACACUCCCCACAUUACAAUUAAGACCAACAGUACAAUACCAAGAUUUGCUGAAGCCUGGGGAGGGAAAAGCAUGA